UUGGAAACGUUAAUGUUUAACUUUGUGUUCAAUACUACCCUUUUUGAGGUGCAGUGUCUCUUUUCCCCAGUAUGUGACGCUGUUGUAUCAACUUCUUUAAAAUAUUUUUUUUUCAAUGACUGCUGCUCACUGCACUUUUAAUAGACCAGUUUAACCUGUAGAGAAAAGUUCGGAAUUAUUUUUAGGGGUAAUCAAAAAUGUUCAGUAUGAUGGUUUUCACUCGUUUUAAGUGACAAUAGACUGGAUAGGCUUAAUUAAGGACAAAAACCUUUGAAAAGAUACCAAAAAAUAAACCCAGAUACCACCAAAUAAACUCGGACAAACUGUGCGCUUUUGCCUAUGUCCCACGUUGGUGGAGUGAGGGAGUGGUGGUGGGUGUGUCUGUGCUCUAUAAAUGCCAUAUGCGCGUUCUCCAGGUGUCACAACGGGAUUUAACCAUUUCCAUCUUCCCAAAUCUACAGAUAUUUUAGCGGGACAUGACACUCCUUAUCAACUUAACCGUAUUGCUGGUUAUUGCCUGCAUAUCUCAGCAGCUUAUGGUGGCUAACUGUCAAGGAUCCAAAAAAAGGGGGAUGAAGAAGAAAGAAAAAGAGGAACCAAAGGACGGAGAGCAACCAAAGCCCCACGUCCAAUCUCCAGAGAAGAAAGACAGCAGCCCCAAAGGAAAUGUGUUCAAGGGCAGAUUCUCCGCCAAAGGCAAAAUGCAAUGCACUUGGGUUGCGACAGGUGACAAUGACUUUGUGCUUAGCGUGAACUGCAAAAAAGGGCAAACAAGUUUUGACUGCGAAUAUGUGGCCAAACCAGCCACUUGCCCUGGGUACGGGUCCAACACCAAAGCCUAUUGGAAACAGAUUGCGCGCGCUCUAAAUAAAAAUAAGAAAUUAUGCUUCGACUCCACGGCUUUAAUAAAAGCAGGUAUGUGCAGAAAAGCUCCCAAGGACGCACAUUUCAAACUUAACAAUACACCCAGAGAUAUUGUUGUUACACUUCCAAGGACUACGAUUCAGCCGCGUUCUUCUCCCUCUGCCUCUUCAUUGGGUGCCAAAUCUUGCGCAGUUGAUCAAAAGAGACUGGCAGAAGAAUAUUGCGCGUCUUCCUGGUCGAGUUUGUGUACUUUCUUUUUUACCAUGGUCCAGAAUGAGGAUUGUUGAGAGUAAAAUGAAUGAAUUUAAAUGUCCUCUCUCCCACAUUGAUUUUGUCAUAAACAAAUGAACACGUGUUGCUACUCCUCCUGAAGAUGUAUGCAUUUUGAUGGAUUGUGAUGGAUAUUUUAUUUAACCGAGUUUCAAGACUGAUUGUCUCAUAUCAUCCAUACCAAUUGUCCCUUUGAAAUAUUUUUGCCAUGUGUUGUAUUCAUUGUAAAGCUACAGUACUUAAUAAAUAUGUGUUGUUCUAUGUA